GAAUUGUCCCAGAUGCAGACUACCAGCAGUGACACCAAUGUCAUUCUCACCAUGGAUAACAACCGUAGCCUGGAUUUAGAUAGCAUUAUUGAGGAGGUCCGAGAACAAUAUGAACUAAUUUUCCAGAAGAGCAAGUCUGAGACUGAGGCUAGAUACCAGAGCAAGUACCAAGAGCUUCAAAUCACAGCUGGCAGACAUGAUGACGACUUGAAGAUCACUAAGAUGGAGAUUUCAGAGCUCAACCGGAAUAUCCAGAGGCUGCAGUCAGAGAUUGGAAAUGUGAAGAAACAGAUUGGCCAAGUGCAUUCACUCAUUUCGGAUGCUGAGGAAAGAGGGGAGCAGGCUCUCCUAGAUGCCCAGCAGAAACUUCGAGACAUGGAAGAGGGUCUCCAGCAGUCCAAGGAAGAGAUGGCUCGCCUUCUUCGAGAUUACCAGGAGCUGAUGAGCGCUAAACUGUCCUUGGAUGUUGAGAUUGCCACCUACAGGAAGCUGCUGGAGGGAGAGGAGAGCAGGAUGUCGGGAGAAUUCCAGAGCCCCGUUAGCAUCUCUGUACAGAGCAGUCAAGUUAGUAUCGGAGGCGGCGGCGGUGGUGGCGGCAGCUACGGCAGCAGCAACUACGGCAGCGGCUCGGCUCGAGGCUCUGGAAACUACGGCAGCGGAGGGAGCUAUGGGAGCAGCAGGGGAGGCGGCGGAGUUUAUGGGGGGAGCAGCGGUGGGGGGUAUGGAGAAAGCAGCAGAAGUAGGAAGAGUGGGGCGGGCUCCUCCAGGGUGCAGAUUAUCCGAACCUCCACCAACUCCUCCAGCAGAUACGUCAUCGAGUAG